GAUCCCAUCAACGUUCCACUGCCUACAACACCGCGUCCAAGGAGAUCGAUGAGAACACAAAAAGGCAGUGGUUCCGAAGAUCAGGAUGAUGUAGGAACUUCUGAGUGAGGAGACGGACCUAAUGAUCUAUGGCGAACUGAUUCUAGCAGGGGAGUUGCGUUGGGGCGAGAAAUAUUUAGAACUGUGGAAGCAAGAGGCUUUUUUCGGAAGAUUGGACCUCCGAUCUCCACGAAGCUGUGUCUAUGUAGUCAUCUCUCCGUGGUAUAAGCAGACGUAUGUGGGUAUGACAGAAAGGACUCUGGCUGAGAGAUGGCUUGAACACCUGAAGUGUGUGAGGAGUGGGGAUAGCAAGCGGUCGAGAAAUUUGUAUAAUUGGUUAGGUAAGGUUGGAGUUCACUCAUACGUGGCAGUGUCGGUGUACUUUAGCUCGGACAGAAGGGAACUAGAGGCCGUCGAACGGACCUUGAUCAGGGCAUGGUCACCGUCCCUUAACUCUAAGGGAGUGAAGCGGCGGUCGAGAAAACGAAGAAGACGUGGGAAGAAAGAGCGGAGGAGGGAUGUUGAGAGGAACACGACUGAGAACGGGAAGAAGAAAAUCGAGGGAGGAACAUGUGAGAAGAGUACGAUUAUAGCUCUACGAAGGGAAGGAGGCGAGAGGACGGUAAGAGUGAUCGACCUGCUGCGAAGUUUGACCAAGGCCCCGCGGGAGGUGGGGAUACGUAUCUGGACAUAUGGAGGAGGUAGUUCGGCAGACAACUGGCGGGUCGUGCGACGAACGUUUGGAGAGUCUCGGGUGUGCGUGGGGAAGCAUACUAGGUCGUUACGGAAAUGUAAGAGGUUUUUCGAAGUCAAAGGAUGGAUCACGCUUCGAGAUGUGACCGAGGCUAUGCCUAAAGCAUUGAAGCUAAAACAGAACCUCGUCAGCAUCUUCAAGGACAAACGAAAGGCGCAGAGAUUGUAUAAUAAGUCACAGGAUGAGCUGGUCGAGUACUACGCGGCGGCGAAGUUGUUUUCAGAGAAACGGAGUAGGACGAGGGGGAGGCGAAUUAUCUCAGACGUGUUCAGAAGAAGCUUUGGGAUGAACGUUCGAGGAAGGAUCGUUGUGAAGGUCGAGUUCGACGACAGGAUUAAGAAGAAUGAAGUGGUGAAUCUAACGCGGCGGGGGAUCGGGGAAUUACCUAUCAAUAACGCGAUUGUGAAGAUGGAAGGACUGUCGGCGAGACUGUCCAAGGAAGUAGCGGACGGUUUCUCGGAUCUGAGUUGGUCAGGGAGGAAUGUGGGGAAGGCAGAAUUCACGAGAGAGGAAGUCGAUGUGUGCAUAAGGGCGUAUGCGAUUGGGGAUAGCGGUGAUGCAUACGUGGUACGUCAGUUGCACGAAGACUUGAGAGGGCUUGUUUGCUGUCCGCUGGAUCGAAAUCCCGGAGACACACUGGUCAUGUGUCCAGCAGUAUAUGCAGAAGGAAUGAAGAUGACGUUCACAUGUAAUGAGGGGUAUGUAACUCGAAAGGAAAUGGAGGAGGAUAUCAUUGGAUUGACGCAUGCUGCAUACAAAGGCGGGAACUUCGAACAGAUUGCGCUUUGGAAGAAGGAUGGUAAAUUGGGUAGAGCUUACACCCUGCCAAAACACAAGGACACGGCGAAAUAUAGACCGAUUUGUCCAACGUUCAGGGAGCCGAGUAAUGCCGCAUGUAAGAAGAUAGCACGUGCACUGAAUGGGAUGUUGUUUUCAAUACCUGAGAGUAAGCAUUUCAAUUUGAAGUUUGUCUCUGAGUUGUGCGGCAGACUGAUUGGGAUAAACCAGAGUAUGCGUCGUGUUUGUAGGAAUGCGCAGAUCUUGAGCAGCUCGUACGAUAUCAAAGAUAUGUUUAGCAGACUUCCGCAUGCGACUAUCAUACGAGUUGUCGAUUGGUGUAUCUGGUGGUUCGAGUCAAAAGGUUUUCAGGGUGUGUUUGUUAGACAAAGAGGGAAAGGCACUUCGUUCAGCAGACAGGACAGUGUGGAUGGUUAUCAGUUUGUAAGUUUUGAAAUGAUCCGGAAUUUUGUAAACUUCGAGUUAGAAGGUUGUUUCACGAUGGCAGGAAAGAUCGUUUUGCAGCAGGUCAUAGGAAUCCCGAUGGGAAGUCGACCAGUCCCCCGUUAGCAUGCAUGAUGUGCGCGAAAGC